CUCAUUUACACAGAUCACAAAGAAAAUAAAUAAAAACGAUUAUGGAUUUAAGAAAACAAAAAAGUCAUCUACAAAUCAUUGAUUCUCCGACGAACGUUGACUGUGCCCGUGAAGUCGGACUCCGAAGAACCCUCCGUUCACUCAUCGAGUGGGUAAUCCCAUAUUGUUGCACGUACCAACCUCCUCCUUCCGACUUAAACGACACCGUCUCUGUCUCUUCAUCCACUACUUCCUCUGACCAAACUGGCGUCGUCGUAACCGGCACUUUCUUUGGUCACCGCCGUGGCCACGUCAGCUUUUGCAUCCAAGACGACACUCGUCCCGCGUCUCCACCUCUUCUCCUCCUCGAGCUAGCCGUUCCCACGGCGGCUCUCGCUCGGGAGAUGGAAGAGGGCUUUCUCCGCAUAGCUCUCCGGAGCAAAAGCAACCGCCGGUCUAGUAUCUUUAACGUUCCGGUUUGGUCUAUGUACUGUAACGGCAGGAAAGUUGGAUUUGCGGUGAGGAGAGAAACGACUGAAAACGACGUCGGAUUUCUCAGGUUGAUGCAGUCUGUUUCCGUUGGCGCAGGGGUGAUUCCGAACGGCGAGACGUUGUAUUUGAGAGCAAAGUUCGAGCGAGUCACCGGAUCGAGUGACUUGGAAUCGUUUCACAUGGUAAACCAAGGGGGUGGUUAUGGACAGGAGCUUAGCAUUUUUCUUUCAAGAUCGUGAAAGUAAUUAGGGAAAUUGAAUCUAGUUAUGAUCGAUGUAAUUUUUAAUGUUCGUUUUUUUUUGUGUAUGUUACGACUUACGAAAUCGUUUUUACGAACAUUAUAAAUAUAAAUCAAUUCAUGUG